CGUCAUUAUUUAGUGCAAUUCAAACAAUCCAUAGACUACAAAACUCGCUGCAUCAUGGAAUAUAGUUUUUUUUCGAUAAUUAUCGUCUUGGGGUUGUUCGGUAUGAACGCAGUCUCGGGAUUCGUCGGUACGCAUCGAUUGUCACCAUCGACAAGAGCAAGAAUGGAAACCUUCGUGGUCAAAGAGAGAAACCAUCCCGCUUUAUCCCAGCGACGUUCCGCUUCCCACCUGAAUGCUGUCAUUGAUUCUUCCUCCGUAAUAAUAUCGUCGGAGUCCUGGCGUCAGUACGUCCCCCUAGUUGUUAGUUGCGGGAUCAUUAUCGAUAUUUUGCUGGGAAGCCCCCUAGCGAACAUGGCUCUGAAGCCCAUGCGACCGGACAAUGGAGCGGACGAGGAAGAGAAGACCAAGGAAGAAAACAAACCGAGGUCCAAGGCACGAAUAGAUGCGGAGCUGAUUGCCCAGCAAGCGCUCGACAAGGCAAACAGUACCAUGGAACUGCGAAACUUUUUGGAAGAACGAAAAACGGACUACGAUAGAAUGGAAGAAAUGAAACGGAAACUCGAUUCCACAAUGCAGGAGCUAGACGAAGACAUGGAAGCUAGACAGAAAUCAAUUGAUGCACGAAAGGACCAAUAAUAAACAAAAGAAAUGAUCGCGUUCCACGGGGCGCAAUCAACGCUAAGCAAUGUCAAUUUCUCUGGCCAUCAAGACACUAAGACACUACUAGGUAUCAAAAUUGGGUAUCAUAAAGUAACAACAAUUCC